GACCCUAGUACUCGCUGUUUACGUAGAUUGCUCGCUGUUUCAAACCUUUUCUCUUCAUAAAACCAUGUUGUGUGUAUGAGAAUAUCUCUGACUAUUCGGCAUGGUGCAAGCAGACAGACGGCUCCUAUGGCAUCCUCGGCUGGACAACAAGUUUCUUGUAGGAGGUGGUACUCAGUUAACGGUAUAUGAAUGGCUUUCAAAUUCGUCAGAAAUCAGACAUGUUACCUCGAAGCAUGAUCUGCAGAUGAUGAAGUGCUUCGCAUGGUCACCAGACAUUGCAUAUGAUGAUCUGGUUGCAGUCGGAUAUAGUACUGGAAAGGUCGAUCUCAUUCGUCUGGAGGCUACCUCGUCAUCUACGAACCAAAUCCUCUCCGCUGGACCGUCUGUUUCACUCCCAGUCCGGAAUACCCGAGCUUGCAAUACGCUUGCGUUCUGUUCUGCUGACCCAAGCUAUCUUGCCAUUGGUCUCGACAAAGUGCGCAAUGACGCAAGUCUCAUAAUAUGGGACAUUCAUACUAUGAUGCCCUCGUUGUCAGUCAAAUCUUCAAGUCAGUCAAAUGGUUCCGCAUCUGUUAUACGGCCGCAACCACAGAUACCUCGAGGCGAUUUGGGACCACGUAUUGACCCGCGGAUUCUACAGCAACAUGCUUCAGCAGAGAUUGUGUCGUCAUUAGCAUGGCUUCCCAAGUCAACUACGCUUCUUGUUGCUGGCGUUUCCCACCGUUGGCUCAAGUUGUUUGACUUUCGCAACCAUGAACCCGCAGUUCAGAACGUCGCAAGCAAGGUUCAUGGCAUUGUUACUGAUCCCUUCGACCCGCAUCGUAUUGCAAGUUUCGCGGACAGUGUGGUAUCUAUUUGGGAUACCAGACGUUUGACUCAACCCCUCCUGACAUUCACUGAGAAAGAUGCAUCAGCGGACGGCGCCAGAGUGCGGCCGAAUUCUGCUCUCAGGACCGUGGAGUUUUCCUCAGUUCGACGAGGCCUUUUGGCAACUCUUGAUAAGGAGGCAAAUCACGUACGCUUCUGGGACUUGCGUCAGGCAGAAGUCGUUGGCCGAACGCCAGACGGGAGGAUUUCUCGAGAUUCUUCUCAGUCAACUCGAGCAACUCGACUUUCGUGGGCUAAUCCCUCGAGCAUGUUGCCUUGGGCUAGUUCAGUCAAUAGUCAUGUUUCAACCCCUCCGACGCCAUCGGACCAUAAUAGAGCACCAUAUCAGCUGAUACUCGCUGAUACUCGGAAGACGAAGAAUUUCAAUCGAACGCUUGCAUCCUUUGCUUUGGUCCCCGACUCUGAUCCAUGCCCUCUUACAUCAAAUGUCAUGGUUGUCAACAAGGAGGGAGACCUAGAGUUAUACGCUGUUCAUGAUACACCCACUCAUACACCUUGGAGCCCUCGAGGAGACUUGGCACUUGGCAUUGGUCGUUCGUAUAAGAUCAUGCCUGGCUUCCGUGAACGCGAACGGCCUCCUGAACCAUGGGACAUCGUCAUGCAACCACCCGGAUAUACUUCGACAUCACAUUCUGUCGAUUAUCGCGACAGUCACGAGCAGACAUCUGCUCACGAUGGCGGUGGCAUUUCGCCUCCUAUGUUUGGUCGAGGUGACGAAGAUGGGUUCCCCGCUUUAACGCCAAACACUCCAGCCUUGAAAGCACACGCAAAUCUAUCAGCCACUCGCCCAGGUCGCACCAGAACGUAUAGUCCGGCUGCUUUGCGAAACCUUCAUUUCGAGCAUUCUGCAACAUCGAGGCAUGCACUCGGAUCAAACAUAGAUCCCAUGCCAACCCUUGGUCUCGCUAGUAAUCAUACGAAGGGCAAAGAUACUCAUCAUCAUCAUAUUCAUCAUCGCAGAGAGCAUUCACCUGCCUGGGGUCAUAUGACGGAGGUCACAAUGCAGCACGGUCUAGAAGAGGACAUCUCGAUGAUAAUGCGUCGUAGAGUCAUUCGCGGCUACGGUCUGAUCAACGCGUCUCACAACGCUAUUGUUGCUCGAGAAACUACACCACAUGAUUCAACGCUAUCUGAACUGUGGCUUUGGAUCAAUUAUGCACAGCAGCUGUUGUCAGCGCCAACUUCGAUAGUAGAAGGAUACAAUUUCUCUUACCAAGGUAUCUGGGGUAUUUGGGAAGGCUUCCAUCCACAGCAUCCACAGUUCUCUGCCAACCCUACACCCCGAAUAUCACAACGAGGCCUCCUGUUGGAGACGGCUCCAUCAGCAUUGUCUAACCUUGACCUGGAACGUCGCCGAACACGAUCAGGUUCCAGACAUCCUGGUAGACGGAAGAGUCGGCCACCUAGCGAUAUUGUCCAAGACGAAUUCCUAGCAGCUAUCUCUAUCGUCAACGCCCGUAGAGAUUCGGGUAGCUCCACAUGGCAGCCAUCCGUGGCUACGAAUAAGUUGGCUCAGAGACAAUUGGCAUUGUAUCUUUGUGGAUGGAAUUUAGCAGAAGACGAUUUAGCACAUGCUAUCAAGAGGUGGGAGAAGGAGCACAAACAUUCGCAAGCAGCUUGCUGGCUAGUGUUUACGAAGCAGUACAAGGCAGCCGUUGAGCUUCUAAUGCGCAGUAGAGAUGAAACCCAUCAUAUGAUGUCGGGAAUGCUAGCGGCCCUCGUGCCUUCUUCGUCAAGCAAGAAUAACGAGCUGCGUGAACAUUGCGAACGCCUAGUCAUCCGACUACAUGACCCAUAUCUUCGUGCUCUCCUGACUCAUCUCACUGUCAACGAUGACUGGGCUGAAGUUCUAUCUGAAGAGGCAUUACCACUUCGCGAACGUUUAGCGAUUGCGUUCCAGUUCCUCAAUGACAAAGAGGUCACGGCGUAUCUGCGACGGAUCAUAGAUCGGUGCAGUCAUCAUGGAGACAUCGAAGGCCUCAUCGUCACCGGGUUAACGCCGCAGGGGAUGGACAUUGUUCAAGCCUACGUCGAUACCACAGGUGACCUACAAACUGCUGCGAUCUUCUCCAAUCUCAACCCCGCCCGGGCGCGAGAUCCAAGGUCGGAGCGAUGGUUGGAUAGAUACCGAGACCUUCUGGAUCAGUGGAAACUGUUUCACUUCCGGUGUCAACUCGAUAUUGACCGAGGACAGAUUUUACAAGAAGCUAUUCAACAGAACGAGAUAGCACCAUUCGAAUGGACUCCGAGGCAAAUUGUCCUGAGGUGCAAUUACUGCAAUAAGCCCUUUAUUCCUCCGCUUCCUAACAAUGCCAAGGCCACUUCUUGUGUACAUUGCUCAAGACCGCUACCGCGGUGUUCUGUCUGUCUCAUGACCUUGAGCAUCGUUCAAGAUACUCCUCGGAAUGCUGAGUUGGCGCAUGCUAACCCAAAGGAUACCAUCGAUGGAGCCUUAGUCUUUUGCCAGACGUGCCGCCACGGUGGGCAUGCGUCCCAUAUACUAGAAUGGUUCUACGCUGAGGAUGGAAAUCGCUCACAUGGGACCUGUCCCGUUGCGAACUGUCACUGUCGUUGCGCUGAUGGGUUCUAAUCAUGUCAUAAUCAUCUACAAGAGGUCUCGCCGCUAUCGUACAGAAGAGCUUGCAGACGACAACUUUACCAAUACAGCAGCUAUAAUAAAAUAAUCUUUUACACCCUCGGACGUUACUUGGGCCAAACACAGUGAUCGCGAUCAUCAUCGAACCUCUGUUGAUCGACAGCUGCAUCAUUUCGGCAAUAUUGGCGCAAGAUGGGAAGUUCAUUGAUAUUAUACAGGUAUCGACUUUCCCCAAAGAUUCGAGUACUUAGUGCGAAACCGUCCUCGAGUAGCUUCAAAAGUUUGAGAAAAAACAAUGAUGGAUAGUCCGACCAAAUUGGAAUUGAGAGUCAACUGAACUUGUGAGUGUGAAGGGUAGGGAGGGCCUCAAAGACGGCUCGCAACAACAUGGCACGUCUUCAAAGACACCUUGUUGUAAUGCAGGUGGUUAACGAUUUAGUCUAUGAUUCACUGGGUGAAUACGAAGGCGACUCCAAGUCAAUGCACUUCCACAUGUAUUACUGAAGGCUCGAAUAUUAUUCCGUUGGCAG